AUGAGUCCCGACUCGAAUCCCAGCCAGAUCGAAAUGUCUGCCGCCACAAAAGCCAUGCUGGGCAAGGUCCGCAAACUGGUGCCUCCUAUGCUCGAGAAAUUCCACAAGGGACAGCUGGGCCGGGUUGCUGUCAUCGGUGGCAGCGCAGACUAUACAGGAGCGCCCUACUUCUCUUCCAUGGCUUCGGCUCGGCUGGGCUGUGACUUGUCCUACGUCUUCUGCGAGCCCUCCGCGGCCCAGACCAUCAAAUCGUACUCGCCCAACCUGAUGGUGUCUCCGAUUCUCAGAUCGACCGCUUCGAUAUCCCAAGCGCAGAAAGACAAGGAUCCCUCUGGUGAAGACCUGGCAAAACCUAUAUUGGACAUGCUUCCCCGACUGCAUGUGCUCGUCAUUGGACCUGGCUUGGGAAGAGACAUCAUUACGCAGAAACAAGUCAAGGCGGUCAUUGCUGCAGCUAGGAAACACGACCCUCCCAUCCCCAUGGUCCUGGAUGCUGAUGCUCUUUGGCUGGUCCAGACCGAUCCGGAUCUGAUCAAAGGCCACAAGGAAUGCAUCUUGACUCCUAACGUGGUCGAGUUCGGCCGACUCGCCAAGUCCGUGGGCUACGACCAAGGCAAAGGUGAUCCGGAGAAGGCGUGCCAGGAGCUGUCGAAGAUUCUGGGUGGGGUGUGCAUCGUCCAGAAAGGCGCAGUGGACUUCAUCUCCCAAGGCCUCGACACUAUCAUCUGCGAUCUUGAAGGCGGGCUGAAACGGUCAGGUGGCCAGGGAGAUACAUUGACUGGAUCCCUGGGCACAUUCCUCGCAUGGCGUGAGAUCUACCACGAGGGUCUCUGGGAUGUUGGCCCGGAGACGAUGAGUCGAGACGAAACACUACUAGUGGCCGCGUUUGGCGGGGCUUCAAUCACGAGGGAAUGUUCGCGACGGGCUUUCCAGAAGCGCCAGAGGAGCUUGCAGGCAAGCGAUCUCACAGACGAAGUGCACAACUCGUUCCUUGCACUCAUCGGCGAGCCUGACGAGGGCCCCAAGCAAAACCUCUAA